AUGAAGCCUUCUUGGCUGCAAUGUCGCAAAGUCACCGGCGCCGGGGGACUCGGGGGCCCCCGGCCUGGGUCCUCUCCCGCCCGCGGAGCCGGCGCGGCCCGCAGGGCUUUCGUGGCCCCAGGCCCGCGGGGUGGUCUCGGGGGCCGGGGCUGCCGGGCUCUGUCCUCUGGCGGCGGUGGCGAGUACAGGACCCACUUCGCGGCCUCGGUGACAGACCCCGAGAGGUUCUGGGGUAAAGCCGCGGAGCAGAUCAGCUGGUACAAGCCCUGGACCAAAACGCUAGAGAACAGACAUCCGCCCUUCACCAGCUGGUUUGUGGAAGGAAUGCUUAACAUUUGUUACAAUGCCAUUGAUCGUCAUAUUGAAAAUGGUAAAGGGGAUAAGAUUGCUAUCAUCUAUGACAGUCCUGUAACAAAUACUAAGGAAACUAUUACCUAUAAAGAAGUCCUGGAGCAGGUCUCUAAGCUGGCUGGGGUUUUUGUCAAGCAUGGCAUCAAAAAAGGUGACACUGUCGUCAUCUACAUGCCCAUGAUCCCGCAGGCAAUGUAUACCAUGCUGGCAUGUGCAAGGAUAGGAGCUAUCCACAGCCUCAUAUUUGGGGGAUUUGCAUCUAAAGAACUAAGUACUCGCAUUGACCAUGCAAAGCCCAAGGUGGUUGUUACAGCAUCAUUUGGUGUUGAACCUGGAAGGAGGGUAGAGUACAUACCACUUCUAGAAGAAGCACUAAGAAUAGGACAUCACAAACCAGACAAAGUUCUCAUUUAUAAUCGUCCAAAUAUGGAAACGGUUCCUUUGGCUCCAGGUCGUGAUCUUGAUUGGGAUGAAGAGAUGGCAAAAGCCCAGUCACAUGACUGUGUUCCUGUUCUUUCAGAACAUCCACUGUAUAUUCUUUACACAUCUGGAACAACGGGGUUGCCUAAGGGUGUGAUUAGGCCCACUGGAGGAUACGCUGUAAUGCUAAACUGGUCAAUGUCUUCAAUAUAUGGACUUAAACCUGGAGAGGUGUGGUGGGCAGCUUCUGACUUAGGCUGGGUUGUAGGACAUUCCUAUAUCUGCUAUGGACCUCUUCUGCAUGGAAACACAACGGUUUUAUAUGAGGGAAAGCCUGUGGGAACACCAGAUGCUGGCGCUUAUUUUCGUGUGCUUGCGGAACAUGGAGUAGCUGCCUUGUUUACAGCACCGACUGCAAUUAGAGCAAUCCGUCAACAGGACCCUGGGGCAGCCUUGGGGAAGCAGUACUCUCUGACAAGGUUCAAAACAUUAUUUGUAGCUGGAGAACGAUGUGAUGUGGAAACCCUGGAGUGGUCCAAAAAGGUCUUCAAAGUACCUGUCCUAGAUCAUUGGUGGCAAACUGAAACUGGAUCCCCAAUUACAGCGUCGUGCAUUGGAAUAGGUGAUUCUCAAACACCUCCACCCGGGCAAGCAGGAAAAAGUGUUCCAGGAUACAAUGUUAUGGUUUUGGAUGACAACAUGCAAAAACUGAAGGCUCGGUGUUUAGGAAAUAUUGUGGUGAAGUUGCCAUUACCACCUGGGGCUUUUUCGGGACUCUGGAAGAAUCAAGAAGCAUUCAAACAUUUAUACUUUGAAAAAUUUCCUGGAUACUAUGACACCAUGGAUGCUGGUUACAUGGAUGAGGAAGGCUAUGUGUAUGUUUUGUCUCGAGUUGAUGAUGUCAUAAAUGUUGCAGGUCACAGGAUUUCUGCAGGUUCCAUUGAAGAGUCAGUCCUUUCCCAUGGUGCUGUGGCAGACUGUGCUGUUGUUGGCAAGGAAGAUCCUUUGAAAGGUCAUGUCCCCAUAGCACUUUGUGUGUUGAAAACAGAUAUAAAUGCAACAAAGGAACAAGUUUUGGAAGAAAUUGUCAAACAUGUUAGGCAGAACAUUGGCCCUGUGGCUGCUUUUCGAAAUGCAGUGUUUGUUGAACAGUUACCCAAAACCAGAUCUGGCAAAGUUCCUCGAUCAGCUCUAUCUGCCCUUGUCAACGGCAAGCCAUAUGAGGUAUCUCCUACAAUUGAAGACCCCAGCGUUUUUCGCCACAUAGAAGAAGUGCUGAAGCAGGCAUCAUGA